UAAAAACUGCAACGUUGCAGUUCGAAUAUUUUGAUAAAAUUCAGGUGAAAGGAUUACUUUACACAAAAAAGUUUCAGAUUCACAACCACAGUAAUGUUCAGAACGUUUUCAACCACGUUACUUAAAAGGCUUGAAGGAAAAAUUUGUGUUGUCACUGCCAGUAGCGAUGGAAUUGGAUUUGCAAUUGCAAAAAGAUUAGGAGUUGAAGGUGCUAAAAUAGUUGUCAGCUCGAGGGAACAAGCUAACGUUGAUGAAGCUGUCAAUUUGUUAAAGAAACAAGGAAUUAGUGACGUUCUUGGUGUAACAUGUCAUGUAGCGAAGGAAAAUGACAGAACAAAACUUUUUGAUGAAACUAUUAAGAAAUUCGGCGGAAUUGAUGUUCUUGUUAGUAACGCUGCAGUUAAUCCAGCAGUAUGCUCAGUUCUCCAGUCCAGUGAAGAAGCAUGGGAUAAAAUCUUCGAUGUCAAUGUGAAAGCUUCAUAUUUACUUGCAAAAGAAGUCAAACCAUACAUUAUUGAACGUGGGGGAGGUUCAAUUGUUUUUAUUUCAUCUAUUGGAGGCUACCAACCUUUUGAUUUACUUGGAGCAUACUCAGUUAGUAAAACCGCAUUAUUUGGAUUGACCAAAGCAGCUUCACUUGAAUGUGUUCGAGACAACAUUCGAGUAAACUGUGUAGCUCCUGGAGUUAUUGAAACGAAAUUCUCAUCAGCACUUUAUACAACUGAAGCAGCAAAAGAAGAAACUCUUAAUACUAUUCCAAUGAGACGAUUAGGGAAACCAGAUGAGAUUGGCAGUGUUGUAGCGUUUUUAGUGUCUGAUGAUGCAAGUUUCAUUACUGGUGAAUGCAUUGUUGCUGCUGGUGGGGCUGCGUCUAGACUAUGAAUGCAUUAUCAACAAACAUUCAACUAUUUUUUUUAAAGAAAAAUUUCUUUAUAUUAAUUGUCAUUGAAAUGACGGGUAUAAGAUUACGUACAAAUAAUAUUUAAAUUGUAUAAUAAAAUUUAUUAAUUGGGUAAUGGUUUUAAUAAUUUUCAAUGAGUUUUAAUGUUAUUUAUCUUCAUAAAUAGAUUU